GUCUCCCACAGCUUCCCUCCCCCUCGUCGUGCAGCUUGCGAACGGCCAGACCAUGCCUGUGCUCCCUGGCCCCCCCGUGCAGAUGCCUUCUGUCAUUUCGCUGGCUCGGCCCAUGUCCAUGGUGCCCAACAUUCCUGGAAUUCCUGGGCCUCCCAUCAACACCAGUGGCUCCAUUUCCCCAUCAGGACUUCCAGUGCACUCAGAAGCCAAAAUGAGGCUGAAGGCCAGUCUGACAGCAUCUUCCUCGCUGAAUGGCAGCAACCUGGUGGUGGGCUCAGCCAGCACCAUGGUCACGGCGCGUCCGGAGCAGAGCCAGAUCCUUGUCCAGCAUCCUGAUGCUCCUUCCCCAGCUCAACCACAGGUGUCCCCUGCCCAGCCCACCCCCAGCACGGGGGGUCGGCGCCGGCGCACGGUGGACGAGGAUCCGGACGAGCGGCGGCAGCGAUUCCUGGAGCGG